AUCAAAUUCUGAAACAUCACAAGUACACACAAACCAAAAACUCACUUCCACAAAACAAUGGCUUCAUCAAUUAAUAGCCGUAAACCAAGUGAAAUUUUCAAAGCACAAGCUCAAUUAUACAAACACAUAUACGCCUUCAUAGAUUCCAUGUGUCUUAAAUGGUGUGUUGAGAUGAACAUACCAAACAUAAUCCACAAUCAUGGCCAACCAAUUUCUCUUUCAAACUUAGUUUCAAUUCUUCAAGUUCCAUCAACCAAAGCUGGUAGCGUACAACGUCUCAUGCGUUACCUUGCACACAGUGGACUCAUUGAGAUAGUAAAAGAUCAAGAGUUAGAAAAUGAACAAGUUUAUGCUCUCACCGAUACUUCGGAGCUUCUUGUUAAAGGAACCAAAUUUUGUUUAGCUCAAAUGGUUGAGUGUCUUCUUGAUCAAACAACUUCGAGUUCUUACCAUCAGCUCAAAAAGUGGAUUUAUGAAGAAGAUCUUACACUCUUUGACAUAACUUUAGGGUCUGAUUUUUGGGAAUUUCUUAAUAAGAACCCUGAACAUAACAGAUUGUUUAAUGAGACAAUGGCUAGUGAUAUCGAUGUGAUAAAGUUGGCAUUGAAAGAUUGUAAUUUUGUGUUUGAAGGAUUGGAAUCAAUUGUGGAUGUUGGUGGUGGAACUGGAACAAUGGGUAAGAUUAUUUGUGAGACAUUUCCUAAGUUGAAAUAUCUUGUGUUUGAUCGUCCAAAAGUUGUUGAAAAUUUAUGUGGAAACAACAAUUUGACAUAUGUUGCUGGAGACAUGUUCGCAUCGAUUCCAAGAGCCGAUGCAAUUUUGCUCAAGUUUAUUUUACAUGAUUGGAGUGAUGAGGAUUGCAUAAAGAUACUGGAAAAAUGUAAAGAAGCUGUUACAAGUGAUGAAAAAGUUGGAAAAGUGAUUAUCAUAGAACUGGUGAUAGAUGAGAAGAAAGAAAAUAAUCAUCUUACUCGAUUAAAGCUACAGAUGGACAUAAGUAUGGUAUGUCUCAAUGGAAAAGAGAGAAAUGAGGAAGAAUGGAAGAAACUCAUUCUGGAAGCUGGCUUUAAACACUACAAAAUAUCUCCUUUGACUGAAUUACUCUCUCUUAUCGAGAUUUUUCCUUAAGACAGUAUGUUAUGAUCCUUCGAAUAAAUUUAUAACUAAAUAAAUUUGGAAUGCGCACUUAAUAAAGUCACUUGUCUUAUGAUAGAAAAUGUAAAGGAAAAUCAACGAGGUUAUAAGCUUUGUGUUUUUCUCGAACCUAGAUCUUGACAUUUGCUUUACUAUUAUUUUUCUUUUUGAUUUUGUCGCACAAUAAUGGCAAGUGUUUAUUAUUGAAUAAUACAAUGUUUAGUUCUAUUGUU